UCUAUGAAAAAACUCACCACAAUGGCCGAGGAGAAGCAAGGCUGGACAGCGUACCUGCUGCUAAUUUGCAUUUGCAUCACCCUUGGGGCCGUCAUUCCCAUCGGAUACUCGUUCGGCGUGGUCAACGCCCCAACCAAGUUCAUCAGAGUUUGGAUUUUCGAGUCAGCGCAGUCCAGAUACACGACCGUCUUGGGCGACACACAGCUGACGACUCUAAUGGCUUGCGUGGUGUCCAUGUUCCAAGUCGGUGGCAUUGUCGGCUCUCUGUUUGCGCCCUGCUGCAACACGAAGCUGGGACGUAGGGGCAGCCUACUGGUAGGUGGAGCUCUUCUGACAAUGGCCGCAUUGCUGCAGUUCUUCUGCCGCAUGGCCAACUCGGUGGAAAUGCUGCUGCUGGGGCGUCUAGUAGGCGGUAUGGCAGCGGCCCUAGUCUACACCACUCAGCCCAUGUAUCUGGUGGAGCUGGCGCCGGCGGAGCUGAGCGGCAGCGUGGGCGUCUUCACUUGCAUCGGCAUCACCGGCGGGGUUGUGGUGGGGCAGCUCUGUUCCUUCGAUUUCCUGUUAGGAACCAGGAAACACUGGCACUACGCCCUGGCUGGCUAUGUGUUAGGUUAG